AUGCUAAGACAGGCUAUAAGAAGGGCCUCCACCCUUCCACCACACGCACUAAAACCAGCUUUUGGUCCUGGCGACCAACUAGCGGCCAAGGCGUUCAAAGAAACUGCUGAAAACACGCACCAUCAUGCCAAAGAAACCUCCGGCCUGUGGCUGAAAAUUUCCUUCUUCGUUGCCGCUCCUGCCAUUGCCUUGGCUGCUGUGAACACUUAUUUCGUGGAAGCAGCACACGCUGAGCAUCGCAAACAUUUGGAGCACGUCCCAGAUUCCGAAUGGCCUAAAAACUAUGAUUAUCAAAACAUCAGAACCAAGCCCUUUUUCUGGGGUGACGGUGACAAGACUUUGUUCUGGAAUCCAGUCGUGAACAGACACAUCGGUGACGAGUAA